GUGCUUAUUCUCGCCACAUCGUUGGUCCUAUACCUGAUGUAGACUACCUUGAGGAAGGAGAUCGACAUGUCUCUUCAUACGCGUGCACUUGUGGCAGCAAAGUGGUUGGCCGAUGCCGUCAAAUCUAAACAAGUGGGACCCAGUCUUCGUGUUUUGGAUACCUCAUGGUACCUACCGAAAUUGAAGCGUAAUGCAAGAAAGGAGUUCAAACAGAGACAUAUACCCGGUGCAGUCUUUUUUGACAUUGACCAGUGUUGCGAUAAAACUUCUCCGCUUGAUCACAUGCUCCCAACUGAGCGCGAGUUUGCAGAUUAUGUUGGCAAUUUAGGAAUUAGCAAUGAUACACACGUCGUGGUUUACGAUGCCAGCGAUUUCGGGUCAUUCUCUUCUCCGCGGGUGUGGUGGAUGUUCCGGGUUUUUGGGCACAGUUCUGUCUCUGUGCUAAAUGGCGGACUGAAGAACUGGGUGCAAGAAGGCCAUGCUGUCACGUCCGAAUAUUCUAAACCCGAACCGGCUGACUUCCGAGCCAGCCUCAACCGCUCUUGGGUCAAGACAUACGAGGACAUUUUACAUAAUCUUGACGCUAAAGAAUUCCAGGUUGUAGAUGCCAGACCUGCGGGUAGAUUCUGCGGGACUGAGCCGGAACCAAGAGACAACACAGAGCCCGGGCACAUCCCGGGCUCCAUCAACAUGCCCUUCACCUCCUUCCUGGCUCCCUCUGGCCUGACACUGCCCCCCGAGGAGCUGAAGGGGCUGUUCAGCAGGGCAGGGGUGGACCUGGCGCGUCCGCUGUGUGUAUCCUGCGGCUCGGGGGUCACUGCCUGCCAUGUGGCCUUGGCCGCCCACCUGUGCGGUCACCCGGGGGCAUCCGUGUACGACGGCGCCUGGUCAGAGUGGUACACCAGGGCAGUCCCUGAAAACGUCAUCUCGGAGGGACGGGGGAAGCAUGUCUGAUGGAGUGGCAUGUGGCUGUUCAUUAACCUGUUGGUUAAUGUAUAGGGGAGCAGGGACUGACUGCUGGAAGACAGAUUGGGCUUUGUGCCGAUGUCUGUGGGACGUGGGAGGAGUUGUUGGGACCAAUAUGACAGAGGUGAGGUUAGGUUGAACACAUUUGUGAAAGACAAAAAAUAUCUGGAGUUUAGCUAGGGUUACAGGUUUUCAUACCAAGUAAAGGGUGUAGGGUGUUUUAAAGGGAAAUUCUUAAUGUUUAGCUAGACCCAUUUUUUUCUGCCUGUGUGGGAAUCAAAUGAAUGUAACAUGUAUGUAAGAAAGGUACAGAUUGUGACAUAAAUGUAGGUGGUAGUGUGUUAGUUAGUUAGUGGUGUGUCACUCAUUCAUUUGGCCGACGCUUUUAUCCAAAGCGACUUACAAGUGAGGCAGAGCACAACACAAGCAAAAAGCCACGUGAGGAGUCAACAAUAAAACUGACAAAAAACAGGUCAUCAUAGGUAUAUUCAGAAACUCCACACUGUGAUCCAUACUCCAUACACAUACAUAUACAUGACUGUUAUACAGUAUACAGUAUGUCCUGCAGUAAAAAAGACAUAUAUUUUAGAGAGUUAUAUCAGUUGUACAGUGGAGGUGGUUGUAAUUCUGCUGCUCAACAUAUGCCGAUGAUUUGCUGCAAAGACUUAUGUGCCUUAAGCACAGCAGUGCACAUCUCCUCAGUUCAACAUUCAGGUGCUGUCCACUCUGUACCUCUCAAAACAAAAGUUGCCGUUUACCUUGUGUCUUUUUUGUCCUUGCAUUGCCCUUGUUCUUGAGUUUCCUCUCUCACGGCAGGGUUCUUAUAACUACGUCAUGUCUGACACCGGUGUACUGUUUACCUUUGACCCGUGCCUCAGUGCCUUCUGACAGUAUCAGAUUUGCAUAAAUUAUAAUGCUUUAAUAGCUCACUCUGAGCGUGCUCCUUGUACAGUGCUGACACGGCACAAACAAUAGCUGCUACGCUGCGGCAUGGAACAGUGGUGCAUUCUAAGCAUCCGACCAAUCACCAGGCAGACGUGGCAUCCCAAGGGGCCAGGUGACCAUGAGCCAUGACUGAAAAUCAAAGCUUGUUGCAUUUAGAAGUUUAAGUUAAUAAUGCAGAAUCCUGCUUUAUUGAAGUAAUCACAAAAAAGGAGAAAAAAAAUUUUUUUGGAUCCCUAUUAAACACACAUUAACGAGCUAAAGAAAAAUCUGUAUUCAUAUUUCCUGGCAAGUUCCUGAGCUUGUAAAAAUAAUUGCUGUAUCUUAAGAAAAGCAAUAUAACCACAAGCCAUUCAUUAAUGGUGGAUUUGAAGCAAGUUUUCUUUUUAGAAGCAAUAGCCAUGUUUUUGUUUCAGUGUGUUUUUGUUUAUCACAAAGCCAGCCACAAGCCGCUAUCUUUCAUAAUAUGAGAAGCGCACCCAUGGGAUGGUUUCGAAAGAUAAUGUAGCAUGCGCCAAGUACUAACACACAUACACACGCAGAAUUUUCUUGAAUUCCAGUGGCACCACAGGGGUAUACCGAACACUGUUUCCUUUAAAGCAGGAUGGAAUAUUUGUGUGUGAGUGCAUGUCUAUUCUUAGGUCUGUAUUCAGUUGAUUUCUGAAUCUGUUGGGAUUGCUUCUUUACACUUGCUCUGUAAUUUUUUGCAUAUUAAUUAGCAAUGUCUAAACUCUGUUUUCCACUCACAAUAUCAGUAAACCAAAGCUCCAGGUUUGUAGUUUCCUCUUUGUUUUGGUCUGACAUGUUGGUGUAUCUGAAUAGCCUUGGGUUCUAUUAGUAUUACAUACCUCAGCAUGUUUCUAAACUGAAUGUAAUAUUGUGUAACAAACAUGUAACUGGUAUCCUACAGCCGAAGCACCUUGGAUUACAGCAACUCAUUUUCCAUGAAUCCAGGCAUAUUGGUCUGAGAUGUUUUUAUACUUUACCUGAAUCACAGUCUUAAUAUCAUGUUUUACUUAAUAUGGCAUUGAAAUAUAAAUUAUUUUGGUGUUCAAAAAUACUGUCCUUGAUUUGUGUUUCUGAGUAAAACCACUUCUGCCAUAGAUGUGCUGUCCUUAUUUUAAAUUAAGAAUUUCUUCGUGAGGGUUCCUAUGUAGUACAGGCAUAGACCAGGUGUCAGAUUAGAGC